AGGCGCAGCACCGGACGGUCUACCGUUCCCAGUAAGCACCGGUCUUUCACAGGCUCUUCGGACGGCAAUCGCCCGACAAGCCGGCCAUGAUCAGCAGACAAGUACGUCAAUUGGGAUAGCUUUCGGAGAGCUUGCAAGAGCUGUGCAUGUCAUCAGGCGGAAGAGCAGGAUUGCACGGAAAGUGUUGCGGGGAGUAUAAGAGCGCACUGAGCCCCCGGAUGCUGGGCAGUACGAGUGAAGAUCUCCAGAAAUAAAGAUGCUGGGUCCAACGCUGCUGUUCACAACGGCGCUCGCAGCUGUUACUGCGUCGGCGAGCUAUCUGCCGCCUAUGGCAGAAGAGCCCCACUUCUCACAGCACCUGAGGAGGCAGAGCAAUGGCACGAACUUCCAUGGCCCGUAUAGCACACAGGGAAGGGACAUCGUCGACAACCGUGGAGAGAAGAUCACCUGGGCCGGUGUCAACUGGCCCAUGUCUGGUGAGACCAUGAUCCCAGAAGGUCUUGAAUGGGCCUCUGUAGACGAGAUUCUUGACGACAUCAAGAGUGUUGGCUGGAACUACAUCCGCAUGGGCUACGCUAUUGAGAUGGUCGAUCAAAUCUACGAUAGGAACGGCACUGACGUCGGUCUCGAAGUGGCCUUGAUCCACGCCCUAGGCUACGUCAACGGCACAAAGGUCACCAACGAGAUCAUCUCCAAGAACCCCGGCUGGACUUCCCAAACCACCCGCUUCGAGAUCUGGUCCGACAUCGCCUCCGUCGCCGAGCAGAAGGGCAUCUUCAUCUCACCUGACGUGCAUGUCGGCAAAGCGCAAUGGUGCUGCUCGCACAUCGACGGCAACUCCUGGUUUGAUGAUCUCAACUUCAACGCCACGCACUGGCGCCGCGGCAUCUCGUACGUCGCAAAUUGGGCCAAGCAGCAUCCCAAUAUCGUCAGCAUGAGCCUGCGCAACGAGCUACGCGAGUCCUGGAACGUCACAAACCUGUACUACAACUGGGAUACCAUGGUCGGCAACAUGACCGCCGGCGCCGACGCCAUCCACGAGGCCAACCCGGAUGUGCUGAUCCUCUGGUCGGGAAUGCAGUACGCGCAGGACCUCUCCGCGCUCACGAGCGGGAAGAACUACCUCACCGCGCCAUGCUACAAGUGCACCGCAGUCCGCGACGCCGCACGCCGCGAACCCAAGGUCUUCAACCUUGCCGAUCACGCCUGGUCAGACAAGCUGGUAUGGGAACUGCACUUGUAUCGGAUGAGCGAAGACGUCGAUACCGGAAAUUGCGACAUAAUCAAAGCGGGGCUCUACCGCAAUGGUAUGAACGCGCUCGGCAUUGAGGCCCCAGCUGCGUGCAACAUUACCAACGACUGCCCUAAGGCCGUUACCGAGACACCAGUCAUUAUCAGUGAAUUCGGGACUGCGCAGGAUGUGACAAUUUUCAACGACACACUGCAGAACUGCCUCAGGGAGUACACAGUGGAUAAUAAGAUCAGCUGGAUGAUGUGGAGUGUUGCAGGAAGCUACAGGAUUCGAUCUGGACAGCAGGGUUUCGUGGACACAUGGGGGUUGACAACGCCGGAUUGGACGGCAUGGCAGUAUGUGAAGGGCGUUGAGGAGUUCUGGAAGCCGUGGACUGCGGCGAUGAACGUCACGGUUAUCACAUAAACAAUGACGGUAGAGUCGUCAUGGAAAGCUACAGAUAGAGUUAACGCGACAU